GUCAAAGUUUAGUGCUACCAAUAAUAAGUUCAAAAUCCUGGUUAGUCGGAAAUGGCCGAAUGUUCAUACUAAACUUGCCCAAAAUUUUUGAGGAACGUAUCGGAAUUAAUGGGAUUGACUAGUACAAUUGCAAUUUAAUUAAAGUUGAUUUGCCGUAUUUAUUGAACUGAACACUUAAUUUAAAGCAAGAUAUUGAUGGGAACGCUGUUCAAAAAUGUCGUCCAAGGAAAACAAGGAAGUACCCAAUACUGAUAGCAGAAUCAUUGAAUCUGAAAACGACUCUUCAGCUAGUACCAGCGAAGGUUCGACUUUAAGAAACUUGCAAAAAUAUUUGGUCGAAAAGUUGGGUCUAUUAGAUUUAGGUGAUGAUACUGAAGAUAAAAUAAAGGUUUUGGAUGAGGUAUCCAUUGAUGGGGUCGCUAGCUAUAUUAAGACAAAAAAUUGUACGAGGAUAAUUACCAUGGCUGGGGCGGGAAUAUCAACCUCGGCGGGAAUUCCGGAUUUUCGGUCAGCUGGAACCGGCCUUUAUCAUAACCUGCAGAAAUAUAAUUUGCCUCAUCCUCAAGCUAUAUUUGAAUUGGAUUUUUUUAUGGAUAAUCCCAAGCCUUUCUUUGCUUUGGCAAAGGAAAUUUACCCGGGCACCUUUAAGCCGACUGUUUGUCAUUAUUUCAUUCGCAUGUUGUGCGAAAAGGGAAUGUUGCUGAGACACUAUACUCAGAAUAUUGAUACUUUGGAGAGAGUGGCAGGAAUUAUGGAGGAUAAGAUUGUCGAAGCUCAUGGCACUUUUUAUACAGGACAUUGUUUGAUCUGCCAUCAGGAGUAUAGUCAGGAUUGGAUGAAGGAGAGGAUAUUUAAGGAUGAAGUUCCUAUAUGUGAAAAAUGCCCUGGUGUGGUCAAACCAGACAUUGUUUUUUUUGGAGAAACUUUGCCAGAUAAGUUUUACAAUUGCCUGCGAAAUGAUUUUAAAAAGUGUGAUAUGCUCAUAAUUUUGGGCUCCUCUCUAGUGGUUGAGCCAUUUGCGUCUUUGGUUGACAGAACCCUGCCAAAUGUUCCUCGUGUUUUAAUAAAUCGAGAGAAGGUGGGGCAUCGGAAGGGUCUUAUGGGAAUGUUGGGUAUGGGUGGCGGCUUAGAAUUUGAUAAGGAAGGGAACACUAGGGAUGUUGCUUGGAUUGGAGAAUGCGAUGAUGGAUGCCAAUUAUUAGCAGAUAAAUUAGGAUGGGGUGCCGAACUUGGAGAACUUGUUAAGCGAGAACAUAAAAUCAUAGAUGAGGAAAAUGACAGGACGUCAAAAAAGGAUGAAUCGAAGAACAUUUAAAUGAAUAAUACAUGGAUCAUAUUAUUGAUCACUGUUUUAUUUAUUUCACGCAAUGUAACUCAGUAGUGUUAAAUAAAAUAAAAUAAAAUAAAAAAAUAAAGUGUUUUAAAGGUAAAUGUGUGUCUAAUAGGCUUUAAAAUAUAUAUUUUUAAAAUAAACGUGAAAUGAA